AGAUGGUCACUGAGCUUAAGGAUGCUGGGUAGUUAGGGAAGUAAGAGACACUGAAUGUUGUUACUUCAGUGAGCUAGGAAUUACAUUUGAGGUCCUAAGAUUGUUGAGCACUUAAACCAGGCAGCUCUGUAAUACACCUCAUGCCUUUUCAAAUUUGCUGCUUAUUGGCUGUGCAAUCCUCUCAGCUCCUCAGCUCAAGAUCUCGGACGAUCGACUGACGGUGACGGGAGAGAAGGGUUACUCCAUGGUGCGGGCCUCUCACGGCAUCCGGAAAGGGGGCUGGUACUUUGAGAUCACAGUGGACGAGAUGCCUGCAGAGACAGCGGCGAGACUUGGCUGGUCACAGCCAUUAGGCAAUCUCCAGGCACCCUUGGGCUAUGAUAAGUUCAGUUACUCAUGGCGGAGCAAGAAAGGGACCAAGUUCCAUCAGUCAAUAGGCAAGCACUACGCCAAAGGCUAUGGGCAAGGAGAUGUCCUCGGGUUUUACCUGUACCUUCCUGAGGACACAGAGGCCGCCCGGGCACUGCCAGACACCUACAAAGAUAAGGUAACAGGAAAGGGUUUUUGCAAGAUACCCAUUUCAUAAAAAAUCCUUUUUGAC